CGUAAAUCGACGUUGCUCGUAUCACUAGGGUUAGGAUAUUCUUCCGCAGCAAGAGCGUCCGGUCCGGUGAUAGAACAAGAACGAUGAGUAGGAGCCUAGGAAUCCCGGUGAAGCUUCUCCAUGAGUCGACGGGUCACAUAGUGACAGUGGAGAUGAAGAGCGGUGAGCUCUACAGAGGAAGCAUGGUGGAGUGCGAGGACAACUGGAAUUGCCAGCUGGAGAACAUCACGUACACAGCCAAAGAUGGAAGGGUUUCACAACUUGAGCAUGUUUUUAUUCGCGGCAGCAAAGUCAGGUUCAUGAUAAUUCCUGACAUGCUAAAAAAUGCUCCUAUGUUCAAGCGGCUAGAUGCUAAAAUCAAGGGAAAAGGCACAUCGCUUGGAGUUGGACGGGGACGUGCUAUUGCUAUGAGAGCCAAAGCACAGGCAGCAGGUCGUGGAGCUCCACUUGGCAGGGGAGGUAUUGUGCCACCUGGAAGGCGGUGAUCAGAUCUGUGUCGGAGAAUAACAUUUCUAGUCAUUUCCCCGAAGAGAUUUUUGCUCUGCUUUUGGUAAUCACAUAUUUUUACUGUACCCCCUGAGGAGUUAUUGAGCUUUUCUUCAUUUUAAGACAAUUAAAAAUUGGACAUACGAUGCUACUGCUAACUAACCUUCUAGAUCUUGUAACGAUAGACGGGUAAACGAUGUGAUUUUAUUUUGGAUUUCUUUAGAUAUGUACAUUUCAAAUUCUGUUUGUCUUAAUGUUAUGAUUUUAUUAAAGAUAUGAUUUAAUCUUACGCUACUCUAUGAGACCU